UAGAUCCUCUAGUGCAUGGAGAUUAUCCUCCUGAAAUGCUAAACUGCAUUGGGCUGCAAUUGCCGAGAUUUUCCCCAAGACAGAAACAGCUUCUACAAAGCACUAGUCCCGACUUCAUCGGCAUCAACCACUACUCUACUUUCUACGUCAAGGAUUGCAUCUACUCCGAGUGUUCCUCUGGCAGCGACCGCCCGAUUCGAGGGUUUCUCGAAACUACCACUGAACGAGAUGGCACUCCAAUUGGACAGCCGACUGGAAAGGCAAGGUUCUUUGUAGUUCCAAGAGGACUGGAAAAGGCUAUUGACUACGUUAAGCAAAGAUAUAACAACAAGCCCAUGUUUGUUACUGAAAAUGGAUUUGCUUCGCCAAUACAGCAAAAUGAACGAGUGGAAGACCUGCUUCAAGACAUUGAUCGCGUCAAAUAUCACAAAGAUUACCUUUCCGCUGUAGCAAGUGCCGUAAGGAACGGUGCGAAUGUGCAAGGAUAUUUCGUUUGGUCAUUGUUGGAUAACUUUGAAUGGGCAGAUGGUUACAACAGCAGAUUUGGGCUCUAUUACGUGGACCGGACCACGCUUAAACGAAGUCCAAAACUUUCUGCAAGAUGGUUAAAUAACUUCCUCACAAACGACACUGCUGCAACUUCCAGGUUUCAUCAAGGCUCUGUCGAGAAUUCGGUCCGGAAAACGAAGAAUGUGCCAUUAACAAGCAGUUCGGAAGCAAACAAAACGGAAACAAUCAAAACUUCGUCCAACACUUUAUCAACCUUUCUAGAUUAAUAAUUUGUAUUAAAAGGACAAAUAAUCAAAGAAAACUGGAUUUAACCUCAGAAAAGAAAAAACAAAGACAAUUUCAAGGUAGUUAUAUUCAAAAUUGAGUGUGUCCUAUUUAGAGAUGAUAAUUUUAUCUGCUAAUCCAUUUACCGUGAGAAUCCGCAUUAAAUGGAAUGGGAAAAAUAAACUUUCAACGGAUUCAGAUUGUAAAUGAAUUAUAAUUUUAAUUCGUCGUAGGU